AUGUCGUUGCUGCUGCUGCUCAGCUCCAGCGGGGCGUCUGCAGCGCCCUCGGAGGUCCACCGCCUGACACCUCUUCGGAAUGCGCUGACACGCAUCAAAGCCAGAAACGCUUACCUCUGCACCACCAAUACGGACACGAGCUCGUGGAACUUGGGCGGCACGCCGCGCUUCCAGGAGAGGCCUUUGAAGGACGGUGCCGUGAUGUCGCUGCUCGCUCCCGUGUACGACUGCCCGUGGACGCUUGAGCGCACCAAUUUCGUCUCUGAGUUCAACUUCGAUGGGGGCAAGUGGACAUGCGGCGUCAGCGAGAUGCGGCAGAGUGGACGACCGUGCGUCGUGUAUUCAUUCGGCUCGAAUGCCGACUCCGCAUUCGAGGAUGGAGUGCGCCGCACAAACCCCGCAUGCGAGAUCCACAUCUUUGACCCGACUUCAAAGCCGCCGCCACGCUUCCGCGAGAAGGGGUACUCUUUCCACGAGAUGGGCUUGUGCAGUGAGCGGACGAAAGCAAACGGCGGAUCGACGAUGAAGUGCGACACCCUCAGCAGCAUCAUGCGCACGCUCAACCACACGCACGUCGACAUACUCAAAGCUGACGUGGAGGGCGAGGAGUACUCGUUCUUUACGAGCGAGCCGUGGCACAGGCAUGCGUCGGCCGUCGGCCAGAUACUCCUCGAAGUGCACCUGUUCAUGAGAAGCGCCAUGCGGCUGCCCGCCUUCCUUGGAUCUAUCCGUCCGCUCGAGCGAGCUGGCUUCUUCGUCCAGACACUCGAGCCCGUUUCGGCCUUGGGGACCGCAUACGAGAUGAGCUUCCUUAAUGUCAACUGGUUCCCAGUGGAUCGCAAGCCGCACAUCAGGCCUAGGCUGUACGUGCCUUCGAUGUAUCCCGCGGAUGCGCCUUGCCCACUCUACCCGCCCGUGGGCUCGCCGGGCGAGGAAAUCUUCUGCGGGUAUCCGGCGGGGCGGACAAACUACUCUUGUGACUGCGGUGUGCAGUUGGAUGGCACCGAUGAGUGCGCCGUGUCGCUCGUAGAGCAGCGCAGCAGGUCACCAUGCGCGUAUGGAGUCAGCUACGGCUGCUACCCUGGCGAGCCCACGCGAAUCUGGACGCGUGGCUGCCGUGGGAAGUUUCGAUGCCCCGUGGGCACACCGAUCGCACCGAUACCGAUCGCAGGCCGUGAAGAGCCGUCCGUCCACCUUCCUGCAGACGUUCCGGCUCUCUCGACAAGGUAG